UAUAAUGAUGGUUAAAUAAACGACUCCACUUCAAUGAUGGCAGAGAGAAUCAAAGAAAAGGAAACACAGAUUCCAGAAUCUGCUAACAUAUCACUACUGAAUUGUAUUGAUCUCUCCAGUCCAGAUGUUCAAUCAUCCGUCUCCCUCCUUAAACAGGCAUGCUUAGAUUCUGGGUUCUUCUAUUUGAUCAAUCAUGGAAUUGGUGAGGAAUUCAUGGAUGAGGUAUUCUAUCAAAGCAAAAGAUUUUUCAAUUUGCCCAUGGAGGAAAAAAUGAAGCUUCUAAAGAACGAGAAAACUCGAGGCUAUACUCCAUUGUUUGAUGAAAACUUGGACCCUGCUAAUCAAAUACAUGGGGACUAUAAGGAGGGAUAUUACAUAGGUAUUGAAGCAUUUGAAGAUCAGUCUGAUGCACAGAAACCAUUUUACGGCUCAAACAGGUGGCCAUCUGAAGAUAUUUUACCCGGAUGGAGGAAAACUAUGGAGAAAUAUCACCAAGGGGCACUAGAGGUAGCAAGAUCCGUUUCGCGACUGAUAGCCCUUGCGCUAGGGCUAGAUUUCAACUUUUUCGAUCAACCUGAAAUGCUUGAAAACCCUAUUGCAUCUUUGAGGCUGCUACAUUAUGAUGGUCAAACUUCUGAUCCCGCCAACGGAAUUUUUGGAGCUGGUGCACAUUCUGAUUAUGGUUUAGUUACCCUUUUGGCUACAGAUGAUAACUAUGGUCUUCAGAUAUGUAAAGACAAAGAUGCUAAGCCUCAGAUCUGGGAGUACAUACCACCGUUAAAAGGGGCAUUUAUAGUUAAUCUAGGUGAUAUGCUGGAGCGCUGGAGCAACUGCUUUUUCAGAUCCACGCUGCAUCGAGUAUUGGGCAAUGGCCAAGAAAGAUAUUCAAUAGCAUUUUUUGUCGAGCCUAGUCAUGACUGCAUUGUUGAAUGUCUGCCAACGUGCCAAUCAGAGAAGAAUCCUCCAAAGUUCCUUCCAAUCAAAUGCGAAGAUUACCUUCUACAGAAGUAUAAAGAUACUCAUGCCGACCUCAGUUCCUACAAAUGAUAUUUAUACAUACAAAAUCUAAUGCUUAGGAAAAGCUACUGAUGUUGAAGGCCAAGGGAGAUUCCAUGAACAUACCUAUGAUCAAAUCUUUCGCUUUCAGUUCUUCUACUUAGUUCUAUAUACGAAUUUAUACAUUCUUGGAGAUGUUAUACGAAUCUAUACCAAGCUGCUAUACGUGUGUGUGUGUGUGAAUAUAGGAUGAAGUAGAACCAUCUUUUGGCAUAAAUGGUGAAGCUUCUAUUGCUAGCUUGUUAAAUUGAAGUGUGUACAGCUCUCACCAUGCUUACCAAGUCACCCUCUGCAAGUCAAUGCAGUGGUGUUGCCAAACCUAAAUGUAGAUCUAUUUCUUUAUUUUACAAAAUUUGAUUUGUCUA